AUGGCAGACCGAAAAGUUCUGGUCCGGUACUACCCGCCUGACUUCGACUUCGACGUUCUGCGACAGAAGAAACGUGUCCUGUACCGGGCAAAGGAACUGCAGCAUGGAAAGAAGCAGCGCCAAUCGGGGAUGAGCAAAAUUAUGAACGUCAGAAUGAUGUUUCCCUUCACUCUUCAGUGCGCGUCAUGCAGAGAAUUCGUCUACGUAGGGACGAAAUUCAACUCCCGCGUGGAGCGAGUGCAGGGCGAAGACUACCUCGGAAUCGUCAAGUGGAGGUUCUAUGGGCGAUGCCCUAACUGCCGAGGCGAGAUCUGCUUCAAGACUGAUCCGAAGAAUGGAGACUACGUGCUUGAGUGGGGAGGCACUCGAACCUACGAUCCGAUGCGAGAUCAACAACUGGCCGAAGAACGCCUGCGAAAAGAUCGAGAGCAAGAGCUAGAGGGCGAUCGUAUGAAGCAGGUCGAGGCGAAGACGUACAACGUGCAGAAUGAACUCGCUGCGCUGGAGCAGCUGGAGGAACUGCGGAAGAUGAAUCGCCGCCUCGUCGACCGAGAGGCAGCCACCGAGCAGGCUCUCCAGUUUCUCAGACAGAACGAGGUGAAACACGGCGACGAAGACGAGUGGGACGAUCAGGAGAGAACCGAGUUGAUGAAGUUCAUGCAGACGCAGCGCGAGCGUCGGGACCGCGAGGAAGAAGACUCGGACUCGGAGGAUGAAGGGACCGUCAACCAGAGCGCGUUGCGCUCCCAGUCGCCUUUUUCGCAUCCUGGGGACGCAGGCGCAAAUGUCGCUGCCCGCGCACGUUCCACAGCGGCGUCUUCCCACUCGUCUUCGCGCCCAACGUCGCCCUCCCGUAGUGGAGCCUUGAGUCCGCGCUCGACGGCGAGCGAGGAGGGAGGAAGCAGUCUGAACGCGAGUGAAGGCAGCCGGGCGCCGCUGCAUUCGUCUGGGAGGAGGUCUGAAGGCUGGCUGGGGCCCAAGGCGGAAAGAAAACAUUUUCAAGUGGGCGGAAAAGACGCCGACAGCCGGCCUCGGCAGAGUGCACCCAAGGCGCCCGGGACAUCGGCAGCUGCGCCGUCCAUGUUCAUGCUCACAGCGGUGAGUGACAAGAGUCCUCGGCUAGUUGUGAAGAAGAAGGAAGAAUCCGACAGCUUCUCUGAUCUACUAGGCUCUUAUGCCUCUUCGUCGUCCAGCGAUGAGGAAAAGGGCGAGAAAGACGUGGGGUCCCCGGGGAAGGGACACGAAAGAGACGCCCGUGAGGCACAGAGCGGCAGCCAGGAAGACUCGUUGGAGCGCGCAGUCGGGGGCGGGACGAAAAGCGGGGACAAAUAG